GUUCAAAGCAUGAUAAAUGUUAGGUUAGCGUGAACACAGCAACUGCAGCCAAGCCAGUGAGUUGGUGUGUUUAUUAGCUUUGGCUUACCUGAUAACUUCUUACUGCUUCCACAAAAAGUUUAAUAUUUCAUUCUCCGAUGUACUGUGAGGCACUAAACCCCUAACGUUAUGCACACACACAAAUGUGAAUGUAACGUGAACUUGACAAGAAUGCACCUCUUGUGUUUGCAUGAGUUGGGCAGAUGAUCCAGAAGUGUUAACUGUUAGCUCCGUUAGCCAGUCAGUUAGCUAAAACAGAGAGUCUGUUGGGAAGCCCCUACAAUACCCCCCACGGCUUUCUCUAUGUUCUCAGUUUCGCUCGACUUGAUCUCGGUGACAUUUAUGCCAUUCUUUAUCGCCUUCGACUGCUUCGCUCGCAACGUCCCCUCACACAACGCCACGUCAGUCACUUAGCUGCAGCCUGCUUGUUAGCUAGCGUAAGGUAGAUCACAAACUGCCCGCUGCCUGGGUACUUCUAGGGCUAUAGGAAAACACGGAAACUUAGUGUUUUGUGCUGUAAGUAAUUCAGCCAGUUGAGCACACAUUUUGCUGGUGGCUAGUAAGUUGUUUUUGUUGAGUUGUAGCGUGCUACAUACAGUAUCACCUCAGGUACUCACGAAGUUGUGCAAACUGCAGAGCUUCAGAAGUUUGCUGUGAAAUGUACUGCACUUUGAUCCUUUGUUACUGCUGGAAUGACCUACCACACAGAUACACGUUUCAGAGAGGGAGAGACGGAGGAGGGAAGGACACUUUUUUAGGUUUUCCUGCCCUGUAGUUGACCACAGCAACACUCUUUCCUCCUCUCCUACGUCUCUGUUCAUUUAAUGCUGACCAGCGGUGUUUGGGCGAAAGGGGGGGAAACAUGAAGGAGCAGGCGUUGUCCAGUUCAGUUUGUUCCUCCCUGCACUCCCUGAUGUGGUGUCACUGGGCCAUGUUGCGCAAGAGAGGAUCGCUCAUCCUGUGUGGAGCUUUCCUAUUCGUCGCCUGGAAUGCGUUGCUCCUCCUCUUCCUGUGGGGUCGUCCACCCAUUGGUCGAUUGGGUGAGGGAGGCGGCGCCGAACCAGGGGGCAGGGAGGAGUGGGGCAUGGGAAAAGGCAAAGCGGGCGGGUCCAACCUGGCCGGAGAGGUGAUCCGACUGGCCGAGGAGGUGGAGUCCGAGUUGGAGACCCAGAAGAAGCUCCUGAAGCAGAUCCAGAGUCACCGAUCGCUAUGGGAACAGCAGAAGGAGAAGAAAGGGCCUGAGCAGCUCAAGCAGGACGAGAACCAGAGAGCACAGCCUCCCCAGGUGCCCCAGAAACCCAACAGCGCGGAGCACCAGAACCCCCAACCACACAAGCCAAAUCAGCAAGUCACCAGCCCACAGCCCAAACAGAAACCCAACGCAGAGGAAGAGAACAACGAACUUCCCGCGGAGAACAAAGGGGGCCCCAGCGAGUCCAACCCCCAGCCGGUUAUCCCCAUCCUUGUCAUCGCCUGUGACCGGGUGACCGUCAGGAGGAGUCUGGACAAGCUCAUCCAGUACCGCCCCUCCCCCGCGCUCUACCCAAUCAUAGUCAGUCAGGACUGUGGUCACGCAGAAACGGCUCGUGUCAUUGGCUCCUAUGGUAGUCAGGUGAUGCACAUCAGUCAGCCCGACCUCUCGGACAUUCCAGUGCGGCCGGAACACAGGAAGUUCCAGGGCUACUACAAGAUUGCCCGCCAUUACCACUGGGCCCUGAACCAGGUCUUCAGCAGGCUGGGCCAUUCCACCGUGGUCAUUGUGGAGGACGAUUUGGAGGUGGCGCCAGACUUCUUUGAGUACUUCCGUGCUCUCCACCCUGUCCUGCGCUCGGACCCGACCCUGUGGUGCAUCUCCGCCUGGAAUGACAACGGCCGGGAUGGGUCUGUGGACCCCGGCCGGGCGGACCUGCUCUACCGGACAGACUUCUUCCCGGGCCUGGGCUGGAUGCUCCUCAAGGAGAUGUGGGAUGAGCUGGAGCCUAAGUGGCCCAAGGCCUUCUGGGACGACUGGAUGCGUCAGCCGGAGCAGCGGCGGGAUCGCUCGUGCGUGCGGCCCGAGAUCUCGCGCACCAUCACGUUCGGCCGCAAGGGCGUGAGCCUGGGCCAGUUCUUUGACCAGUACCUGCGCUACAUCAAGCUCAACACUGAAUUUGUGCCUUUCACCAAACGGGACCUGUCCUACCUGGUCAGGGAGCGAUACAACGAGAACUUUAUAAAGGAGGUGUACGGCGCCCCCCAGGUGAAACUGGAGGAAGUGCACGGGGGCAGCCUAAAGGGGGCAGGCCCCUUCCGCGUGCAGUACUCCAGCCGGGACAGCUUCAAGGUGCUGGCGCGGAGCCUGGGUGUCAUGGACGACCUCAAGUCAGGGGUCCCGCGAGCGGGCUACAGGGGCGUGGUCAGCUUCAUGUCCCGCGGCCGCAGGAUCUACCUAGCGCCCCCCGAAGGCUGGACUCACUACGACACGAGCUGGAGCUGAGGGGG